AUGACCGACUACUCUGUCAACCGUCCUGGUGAUUCUCCCCUCUCCCCCGGUGGCAUGGAACACCCCUACCCUCGCUUCCCCAGCCAGAUGGGCCUUGGACCUUUCCCUGCCGACUACGUUGGUGCUCUGUCUGGCGCCCUCAGCCAGCUCGACAUCAGCGCGAUGCGCUCGUUCCAGCAGCCACUCUCUGCCGACGGCCUUAACCUGACGCCGCCCGAGGCUCCCAGCGUCGGCCACUCUCCUGACUUUACCAACGGCGGCGAUCGCUACGGCGGUUCCCCUGGUUCGUACGGACAGCCCGGCAUCGGCCAGAUGCUUCCCCAGGGCAACCCUGUCGGCAUUUCUCCCUUCGGUGUCAUGCCCAGCUUCCCGAUGAUGCCUCAGCAGCAGUCCGGAGGCUACGGCGGACCUUUCAACAGCCGUAUGACCGGCAACUACGGACCUGCUGCCGCCGCCGCCGCCGCUGCCGCCGCCGGCAACAUGACUGGCCGUACCGUCUACAUUGGCAACAUUCCCGACGACGCGUCCGCCGACGAGCUCCUCAACCUCGUCCGCUUCGGCCCCAUCGAGUCUGUGAAGAUUCUCUCGGACAAGAGCUGCGUCUUCAUCUCCUUCCUCGACGGAUCCACCGCUGCCGCCUUCUACGCCGACGCCGCCGUCAAGAAGCUUGCUCUCCGCGGCCAGGAGCUCCGCAUCGGAUGGGGCCGCGAGUCAAACCUGCCCACCAACGUUGCUGUCGCUGUUCAGUACAACCAGGCGACCCGCAAUGUGUUUAUCGGCGGUCUUACCGACGAGGACACUGAGCAGACGCUCCGCGGCGACCUCAUCCGCUUUGGCGACAUUGACCAGAUCAAGAUUGUGCGCGACAAGAACAUUGCGUUCAUCCACUUCCUCAGCAUCUCGGUUGCCAUGAAGGUUGUCGCUCAGCUCCCCAAGGAGCCCGCGUACAAGAACAAGCGCGUCAGCUACGGCAAGGACCGCUGUGCGUACGUUCCCCGCGCUCAGCAGGCUGCCGUCCGCCAGGCCGUCGCCCAGGCUGCUGCCGCUGUCCAGUCUCACUCUGGCCAGAUCGGCGGCUACGGUUUCGGCGGCGCCAACGGCUUUGGUGCCUUCUCGCCUGCCGGCUUCGACCCCAGCGGCUACUCGACUGGCAACUUUAUGGACUCGCAGAUCGGCAACCGCUCGAUCUACCUCGGCAACAUUGGCAGCGAGACGACUGUCGAGGAGCUGUGCAACAACAUCCGUGGCGGUGUGCUCGAGUCGAUCAAGCUUCUGCCCGAGAAGAAGUGCGCGUUCGUCACUUUCGUCGACCCUGCCGCUGCUCUUUCCUUCUUCCGCCACAGCGAAACGAACCCCGUCACGAUCGCUGGCCGCCGACUCCGUGUCGGCUGGGGCAAGACGGUCGCUCCCGUCUCGCCCAAGCUCCUGCAGGAGGUGCAGCAGGGUGCGUCGCGCAACGUGUACAUUGGCCAGAUCACGGACUUUGACACGUUCACGGCGGACAAGCUGCGCGCGGACUUUGAGGAGUUUGGCGACAUUGAGAUGAUCAACUUUUACAAGGAGAAGCACGCCGCGUACGUCAAUUUCUGUACGAUCGAGGCAGCCCAGAAAGCGAUCCAGGCCAUCAAGGACAAGGAGGACUAUGCCCCCCUCCGCAUCGCCCACGGCAAGGACCGCUGCGGCUACCCGCCCCGCGCGCCGCGCUCGCCUGGGCGCCGCGACAUCUCCCCGCGGUCCGACGACCCGAUCGCGCAGGCUAUCGCUGCCGCGGAGGCGUCGGCGGAUGCCGGUGAGCCUGCCGAGGCUCCCCAGCACGCCGAGUAG